UCCUUUAUAUCAUCUAUAAAUAAGAAGGAACAAGUACAAAAUGUACAAGUCAUGCACAUACACGAAAAAGGAAGUAAAAUAUUGAUAAAAUGGCUCAUCGCCGAAGACAACAUCGCGAAAAUACAAUGGCUUGUCAUCGAAGACAAGAAUAUGAAAGAUCAGAAAUUCAACUGCAGCCAUCCGAAAUGUAUUUUAGUCAGGAAUAUAUAAGUCACACAUUUCAAGGAGGAGGACUUAUAGGAGAGCUCUUAGACAAUUUAGUGAAUGGAAAUACAAAAAUAGAAUACAUAAGAAAAAUGAGAGUAAUACGUAGAGGAAACAGGUACUUUUCUUUGGAUAAUAGAAGAUUAUGGGUGUAUAGAUAUUACCAGAAACUAUACCAAAACAAACAUCCCUACUUCUUUCUGCGAGUGGCAGUAGAACUGUGGGAUUGGGUAGAUGUGCAGAAUGAAACAAAGUUUAGUUCAGUGAAUGGCGGAGUCACUGUUAAAGUUUACAACAAUAGAAAUCCUGGCGGAGUUUGUUUUUCUCUCGUUGACAACAUACAUCCAAAUUCAUAUACCAAUCCAGGAGUAGCAAUUCUAUGGACGCUAAUGCGAUUUUGUGGUUUAAAGAGGAAUCAGGAAACUUUUAACAAGAAGGUCCAAGAAACCCAAAUGGAUCACCUGGGACGUUGGUGGAAAAUUGAAACUAAAACUAUGUUGUUUAUAAUAUAACAUCCAAACAAGAAAACAAUGGCCAACGUUAAAUUUUCAAUGAUUGUUUGUCAUUUUUAACCUUAAACUUGCUAGUCAUAUAAUGUAGUCUACUUUUUUUUGUAUAAUUUUAUUUCAAGAUAUUAGGUAACAGAAAAAGAAAAUAUGAAAAUAGUAUAGAUGAACACUCAUAUUUCAUGUUUGUCUGUUGGCAGAUCUGGACUUGUUGAUCAUCAUUGUCUACGAAAGUUAUCUUUGUCUAAUAUAAUCUUCAUGUAUGUUUGGGAAUGGGGACGUUAAAUAAGAUUUCUAGUUAAGGGAGAUUGGGACAGUCGCACCAAUAUAAAGAAUACUUAUAACAAAGACUUUGAGCAGUCCGUGGUUAGCUUGUUGAAAAGCAAAAUGCUGGAGUUUGUCCGAUCCCUGUCGACCACUUUACAAUUGACUAGGUACAGGCAUUUUCCUAAGCAGAAGAUGUGGUAAACCCGGUUUUAUAAAUAUUUUAAACUCUGUGCACGUGCAUAUAAUAUAAAAUAACAAAUUACGGAACUCCAAGGAAUAAAGUCCAAAAUCAAAUCGCAAAAUUAAAAAUUCAAAAACAUCAAACGAAUAUUUAACAGUUGUCAUAUUCCUGACUUAAUACAUUUCUGUCAAGACCAAAACAACCUCCAUUUCGUUUUUAGAAUGUUCAGAAAAAAGACUUUUUCGGUGUUUUCGUCUCAUACAAGUGUAUAUUUCUAAUCGCUGGUUUACUUUUCCUAUAUAUUUUUAAGAAUUGCUUAACAAUAUGUCAAUAUAUAUCUAUUUCCAUUUCAUACAUAGAAGUAUAAAGUGAACACUGUAACUCAAAUUAUAUUUAUGGU